AACGAACAGAACGUUCAGUUCCUAGUAACACAUUGUUUUGUCAAAAUUCACUAUUUUUCAUGAAAUUCAAAAUUAUUGUUCGCCUUCCAGUUCCGGCAGAACGUUUCUCAUAUAGCCAGCGAGCAGUCAAGCCCAUUGAGCGACUUUUAAGCUGAUUUGUGUAUUACCGUUGGCCUCUGAUGAUCUUUGAAAUAUAUCUGCAGUUUUAUCUGUUGCGGCAUUACGAGGUGCGUAUCUACUUUUUGCGGCUGUGCCUUAGCGUUGUGAACCAGGGCGCGCCUAUAGAAGGUGGUGCUAUCCAGGAACAAUUUACAGAGGAGCAAUCACAUUGAACUAGCCGUUGGGCAGACUUGCGGGCGGGACGAAGAGCACGGGGGACAGCAACACAGAUAGAAAUUAAGUCGCAGAACUACAUAAAACAAGGGGUCAUCAUGUCGAGUCAUAGUUAUCGCACCACCACCGUAGAGUAUUACGAGUACCUGAUGCCGGAAUCCCGUGAAUAUGACUUUGAAACGAUACAGUGGCCCUUGCAUGCUGCUAUUUCGGAUAGCUACGUGACGCGUCCACUUUGCUCUUUUAACUAUCUGACUGAUCUGCAAGACCAUUUGGCAAUGGCUGGCGACAGCAAUCAGCAUAGUGCGCUUAUCUACGACACGGUUCAAUGUCCUCAAAGGCAGACUAUAUUUGAAUUCAGUGAGCAGGAGGAACCGCAUUCGACAUAUGCGUCGUCUAAUCAAACGCAAGAGGAUCGAGCAGCAGAUAUUGCCAAGGAACAUGAUUGUGAGACUGGGGAUGGAGAUGCUUCAGCAUCGGGAUCACAUACCGAAGAAAAGCAUCGUGGCAAGAAAAAUAUCUACCGCACAAAGCAGGGCUAUUUGGUAGAGGAGCCCACCAGCGAAUCCGAGGAGGACCAAGAAGGCACAUCGUAGACUUUCUGGCUAAUCAAUAAUAUUUUUGGAUGGAUGGCAGGCUUGCCGCAACGCAUUGAACUACAUCAUAUCGGUUCAGAUAAUUGUGUUAGCCGUUACGGUUAUGUUACUAUUUAAAUGUUAAAUUACCAGAGUCCUGAUGCCCAUGUACACAUACAUAUAUAUUUUUUUUGAACAUACACAUAUACGCAAGCACAUACAUAUACAUAUUUUUUAUUGUAGCCAAUCGGUGUUUCUUUGUUGUUAAAAGUAAGCCUGCUGAAAAAUAAAAAAUCCACUUACAUA